AUGGACGUGGACAUGGAAGUGGAUGUGGACGUGGACGUGGACAUGGACGUGGACAUGGACAUGGACAUGGACGUGGACGUGGACGUGGACGUGGUCGUGGACGUGGACGUGGACAUGGACGUGGACGUGGACAUGGACGUGGACGUGGACAUGGACGUGGACAUGGAAGUGGACGUGGACGUGGACGUGGACAUGGACGUGGACGUGGACGUCGACGUGGACGUGAAUAUGGACGUGGACGUGGACGUGGACGUGGACAUGGACGUGGACAUGGACGUGGACGUGGACGUGGACAUGGACGUGGACAUGGACAUGGACAUGGACGUGGACGUGGACAUGGACAUGGACGUGGACGUGGACGUGGACAUGGACGUGGACAUGGACAUGGACGUGGACGUGGACGUGGACAUGGACGUGGACGUGGUCGUGGACGUGGACGUGGACGUGGUCAUGGACGUGGACGUGGACGUGGACGUGGACGUCGACGUCGACGUGGACAUGGACUGGGACGUGGACGUGGACGUGGAAAUGGACGUGGACGUGGACAUGGACGUGGACGUGGACGUGGACAUGGUCGUGGAUGUGGACCUGGACGUGGACGUGGACAUGGACGUGGACAUGGUCGUGGACGUGGACGUGGACGUGGAUGUGGACAUGGACGUGGACGUGGACGUGGACGUGGACGUGGACAUGGUCGUGGACGUGGACGUGGAAGUGGACGUGGUCGUGGUCGUGGUCGUGGACAUGGACGUGGACGUGGACGUGGACGUGGACGUCGACGUGGACGUGGUCGUGGACGUGGACGUGGACGUAGACGUGGACGUGGACGUGGACGUGGACAUAGACGUGGACAUGGAAGUGGACGUGGACGUGGACAUGGACGUGGACAUGGACAUGGACGUGGACGUGGACGUGGACGUGGACAUGGUCGUUGACGUGGACGUGGACGUGGACAUGGACGUGGACGUGGACGUGGACGUAGACAUGGACGUCGACGUGGACGUGGACGUCGACGUGGACGUGAACAUGGACGUGGACGUGGACGUGGACAUGGACGUGGACAUGGACAUGGACGUGGACGUGGACGUGGACGUGGACGUGGACAUGGACAUGGACAUGGACGUGGACGUGGUCGUGGACGUGGACGUGGUCGUGGACGUGGACGUGGACGUCGACGUCGACGUGGACAUGGACGUGGACGUGGACGUGGACGUGGAAAUGGACGUGGACGUGGACAUGGAUGUGGACGUGGACGUGGACGUGGACAUGGUCGUGGACGUGGACCUGGACGUGGACGUGGACAUGGACGUGGACAUGGUCGACAUGGUCCUGGACGUGGAUGUGGAAGUGGAUGUGGUCGUGGUCGUGGUCGUGGACAUGGACGUGGACGUGGACGUGGACGUGGACCUGGAUAUGGACGUGGACAUGGACGUGGACGUGGACGUGGACGUGGAUGUGGACGUGGUUGUGGACGUGGACGUGGACGUGGACAUGGACCUGGACGUGGACAUGGAAGUGGACGUGGACGUGGACGUGGACAUGGACGUGGACGUGGACGUGGACAUGGACGUGGACGUGGACAUGGACAUGGACAUGGAAGUGGACGUGGACGUGGACGUGGACGUGGACAUGGACGUGGACGUGACGUGGACGUGGACGUGGACGUGGACAUGGACGUGGACGUGGACGUGGACGUGGACAUGGACAUGGACGUGGACGUGGACGUGGACGUGGACGUGGACAUGGACGUGGACAUGGACGUGGACGUGGACGUGGACGUGGACGUGGUCGUGGACGUGGACGUGGACAUGGACGUGGACGUGGACGUGGACGUGGACGUGGACGUGGAUGUGGACCUUGACGUGGACGUGGACGUGGAAUGGACGUGGACAUGGACGUGGACGUGGACAUGGACGUGGACAUGGUCUCGUGGACGUGGACGUGGACGUGGACGUGGAUGUGGACAUGGACGUGGACGUGGACGUGGACGUGGACGUGGACAUGGUCGUGGACGUGGAUGUGGAAGUGGACGUGGUCGUGGUCGUGGUCGUGGGCAUGGACGUGGACGUGGACGUGGACGUGCACGUCGACGUGGACGUGGUCGUAGACGUGGACGUGGACGUGGACGUAGACGUGGACGUGGACGUGGACGUGGACACGGACGUGGACAUGGAAGUGGACGUGGACAUGGACGUGGACAUGGACGUGGACAUGGACAUGGACAUGGACGUGGACGUGGACGUGGUCGUGGACGUGGACGUGGACGUGGACAUGGACAUGGACGUGGACGUGAACGUGGACGUGAACCUGGACGUGGACGUGGACGUGGACGUGGACGUGGACAUGGACGUGGACGUGGACGUGGACGUGGACAUGGACGUGGACAUGGAAGUGGACGUGGACGUGGACGUGGACAUGGACGUAGACGUGGACGUGGACGUCGACGUGGACGUGAACAUGGACGUGGACGUGGACGUGGACAUGGACGUGGACAUGGACAUGGACGUGGACGUGGACAUGGACGUGGACGUGGACGUGGACAUGGACAUGGACAUGGACGUGGACGUGGUCGUGGACGUGGACGUGGUCGUGGACGUGGACGUGGACGUGGACGUGGACGUGGACGUCGACGUGGACGUGGACAUGGACGUGGAUAUGGACGUGGACGUGGAAAUGGACGUGGACGUGGACGUGGACGUGGACACGGUCGUGGACGUGGACCUGGACGUGUACAUGGACGUGGACGUGGACGUGGACGUGGACGUGGAUGUGGACGUGGACGUGGAUGUGGACCUUGACGUGGACGUGGACGUGGAAUGGACGUGGACAUGGACGUGGACGUGGACAUGGACGUGGACAUGGUCGUGGACGUGGACGUGGACGUGGACAUGGAUGUGGACAUGGACGUGGACGUGGACGUGGACAUGGUCGUGGACGUGGACGUGGACGUGA